GCUACGAGACACUAACGUUAAUUUCACCCGUUUCACGUAAAAUGGGGGCUUGUAUGGCAUUGUGCUCUGCAGCCAGCUGCGCUUCCUGUCUGUGUGGCUCAGCACCAUGCCUGCUGUGUGGCUGCUGUCCCUCCUCCAACAACUCCGCCAUCACUCGGCUGGUGUUCUCCUUCUUUUUGCUGCUGGGUACCAUGGUGUCCAUCAUCAUGAUCCUUCCUGGAAUGGAGACGGAGCUCCGUAAAAUCCCCGGAUUUUGCCAGGGAGGAAGUGCUAUACCUGGUUUUGAAAACCAGGUGAACUGUGAUGUCAUUCUGGGCUUCAAGUCUGUGUACCGCAUGUGCUUCGCCAUGACCUGCUUCUUCUUUCUCUUCUGGGCCAUCAUGAUUCGUGUCCGUAGCAGCAAAGACCCUCGUGCGGCUAUUCAAAAUGGGUUCUGGUUCUUUAAAUUUCUGAUCCUGAUUGGAAUUACAGUGGGAGCGUUUUACAUCCCUGAUGGAACAUUUCAUACGGUGUGGUUUUUCUUCGGAAUUGUGGGAUCCUUCAUCUUCAUUCUGAUCCAACUUAUUCUUCUCAUCGAUUUUGCCCACUCCUGGAAUAAGGCGUGGGUAGGAAAUGCUGAAGAGGGUGACAACAAAUGCUGGUUUGCAGGCCUGCUGUCUUUCACCUUCCUCAACUAUGCUCUAACUUUCACUGCUGUGGUGCUUUUCUACGUUUACUACACAAAGCCUGACGACUGCACAGAGCACAAGGUCUUCAUCAGCAUCAACCUCAUCCUCUGCGUCAUCAUUUCCAUCGUCUCCAUUCUGCCCAAGAUCCAGGAAGCUCAGCCACACUCCGGUUUGCUCCAGGCUUCACUCAUCUCCCUCUACACCAUGUAUGUCACUUGGUCCGCAAUGACCAACAAUCCAAAUCGAAAUUGUAACCCCAGCCUGUUGAGUCUAGUGACCAACGUCAACACCACUGAGCCAUCUGGUGACGGCACCCAAAGGCAGGUGCAGUUGUGGGACGCUCAGAGCAUUGUUGGCCUGAUCAUCUUCCUCUUCUGCACUCUCUACGCCAGUAUCCGUUCAUCCAGUAACACCCAGGUCAACAAGUUGAUGCAGACAGAGGAGGGUAGAGGGUCAGGUGGAGGGGGUGUGGUGGGAGAGGACGGCAUACUCAGGGCCGUGGACGACGAGGAGGACAGAGUCACUUACAGCUACUCUGUUUUCCACUUCCACCUCUGUUUGGCGUCUCUGUACAUCAUGAUGACUCUCACCAACUGGUACCAACCAGAGACCACCACCCAGGCCAUGCAGAGCAGUAUGCCAGCUGUGUGGGUGAAGAUGAGCUCCAGCUGGCUGGGCCUCGGAGUCUACCUCUGGACCCUCAUCGCCCCUCUCAUCUUCCCCAAUAGGGAUUUCAACUGAGUAUGCCUUGUCUUUUAGCUGCAUUUGGUUGUUUUGUUUAUUUCCCUGGGUAUCCCGCUGUGGGAAGGAUGCUGGGAAGGAUGCUAUGAAGGAAAGGGGAAGGAUGCUGUUAAGGAAAUGCAUUUUUUUUCUCCAAUUAAUUAUCCCGGAUUUGAUUGUUCUUUUGUUGUUUUACUUCUCUGUGUGAAUAUUUUGUGCAAUAAUCACAAAUUACUUGAAAAUAUAAAUGGAUUUAUUAGUUGUCCUCAUUGAUGAUGGUUUUGCCGUGAAGAUGUUGUGGGGUUUUUUGCCAAUGACUUUCCUUCAUAGGCAAAUCCCUACUUUCUGCCUGAUGUAGUCUGAACUUUCACAAAGACUCAACAACAAGGCACUUUCUCAAUGCCUCUGACUUCUCUGAUUGGCCAGGUCUGGAUACCCUGAUUAGCUGGACUCUCUUAGUGCUGAAGGCAACUAGGAGAAACCCUCCUUCGGAGCCCCAGAGUGAGUUGAGUGUGAGAAUUAGAUAAGACUAAUAUGACACGCCCUACAGAUCAUAGGGCUUCCCUUUAGCCGCCCGCCUGUAUGCAAAUCCACGUCAUUACACCUCAAGCCAGAGAUUCUUAAUAGACCAGUCAAAUCUCAGCCCUUCCUUGUCCACUCCAACAUAGGAUAUUUUAUCUCUGGUGCUACGCCUUUCCAUGUCUGGCUGUAUUUGGCCCUGUGGAGCCACAGGCAGCAACCUGUACCAGUAUAGUCUGUUUGAAGCAGGGAGACAUGUAUUGAUCCAGAGCAGUCCGUGCCAUGUGCAGCGCUACGCUUCAGGAGGCCUGUGCUCUCACAAAUCCCAUUAUUUCCAGAGUGUUGCAGCAAAGCGGGCUAUUGAGAUACGUUGAAACAAUUACUCUUGAAUCGUUACAAAACAAUGAUACAUUUCCGAAAUAAUGGAUUGCUCGUAAAUGGUUGCAGUUUAUGGUCGUGAUGGUGAUACAAUAAUUGCACGCAUGUUAUAUUAGUUACCUUACUUUCAAUAGGUUUAAAUAAGACCGGUAUUGUUGGUACUUUACUUUUUUUGUUGGUACAAUACUGAGGGUUUGUUUCAGUUGUGUUAUUUUCAAACAUUUCAAUGCCCACACAGGAAUUGGAUGUCCUGUCCGGCUGCAUAAUGAGUAUUAUGAAUAGAGUUUUUCAAAGUGUUGGGAUGAAUUUUUGUCUUUUGACAUUUGACUGUUUUACCUUUUAGAACAAAAAGCGGUUUCGGUACACAGACCUUCAUCGGGUACUUUACAAAACAAUGAGAGAGCAUGUCCUAAAUAGGUUGGUAGACCAAUCAGGUCACAAAAUGACAUCAAUAAAGAAUACUAAUCAUCUAAAGUUAACGUUGACAUUAAAUAUCUCUGAAUACAAGUGAAGAAGACUGUGUGCAGGAGUUUUUUGGUUUUAUAUUGUCGAUUGUAUACUAUACUGUAUUCUCUUACACACCUGUUGACCUGCAAGUGUGCGAAAGCUUUCUCUAUUUAGAUCAUAACCUUUAUGAUUUCAAAAAAAACAUGCCUUAUUGUAGUGCUGCAUUUCAACAAUAUGAAAACACGAAUGCUGACGUGUGUUUAUUACGCCUCGCCACUAAGGCAUGGGCUUAUGACAUGAAUUAAUAUUGUAAUUAAUGUAUAAAUGCUGUUCUUAAUAAAGAUAAUAUAGAAAUAUA